ACGCUAGGAGGUGGCAGCAGAAGUAUCCACUUCCUCCUCACCGACUCCCAGAGAGCCCUGCCUCCAAUUCCCCAUCCUAGAGAAGGACAUCGAUGCCCCGGUCCUCGAGGAGCCCUGGCUACUCGUGUGACCCACGCGAAAAUGGGGCCCACGUCCCCAGGGAAGUCAGACCCAGGAGGAUCAUCCAACGAGGCCGGAACAUCUGCAGGCCGACAGAGGAGCCUUUGCCAAACACAAGUGGCGCCUCCCUGUUGCCUCUCCGCAUCAAUGCCUCAGGUCUGACUCAGCGCAUGCUGGGAUGUAUGUCCUGGAUCACCUGCCUGGCUUGCUUCCUGAGGACUCAGGCCCACCAGGCUCUGUUCAACACCUGCAGAUGCAAGCUGUUCCUCCACAAGCUCAUGGAAAAGACAGGUGUUCUGAUCCUCUGUGCUUUGGGAUUCUGGGUGCUUUCUAUGCACUUGCCGUCCAAAAUGGAAGUCUGGCAGGAUGAAAGCAUAAAUAGUCCACUGAAGAGCUUGAGGAUGUACCAAGAAAAGGUGCGACAUCAUGCUGGGGAAAUCCAGGACCUACGAGGUAACUUGAAUCAGCUCAUUGCCAAGCUCCAGAAGAUGGAAGCCAUGUCAGAUGAGCAAAAAAUGGCCCAGAAAAUAAUGAAGAUGAUCCAAGGAGAUUACAUUGAAAAGCCGGACUUUGCCCUGAAGUCGAUAGGGGCCUCCAUCGACUAUGAGCAAACGUCAGCCACAUACAACCACGACAAGGCUCGCUCUUACUGGAACUGGAUCCGGCUGUGGAACUAUGCACAGCCCCCGGACGUGAUCCUUGAGCCCAACGUGACACCUGGCAACUGCUGGGCCUUCUCGGGUCACAGAGGCCAGGUGACCAUCCAACUGGCCCAGAAGGUCUACCUGUCCAAUCUGACACUGCAGCACAUCCCCAAGACCAUCUCACUGUCAGGCAGCCUGGACACUGCCCCCAAGGACUUCGUCAUCUACGGCAUGGAAGUUUCCCCAAAGGAGGAGGUGUUCCUGGGGGCGUUCCAGUUUCAGCCAGAAAACAUCAUUCAGAUGUUCCAGCUCCAGAACCACCCUCCCAGGACUUUUGGAGCAGUCAAGGUGAAGAUAUCGAGCAACUGGGGGAACCCACGCUUCACCUGCCUAUACCGAGUGCGUGUGCACGGCUCUGUGACUCCACCCAGAGAACAGCCUAACUAGAGGCCCCACCCUGAGAGAGAUUAAAGUUUAUUCUUCAUGCCC